AACCCUCGAUUCUUUCUUACAGCACUCAAUCAACUUCCCUUAGAAAGCUGUAUUGACGCACAUCAGCAGCAUCCCUUGCGCAUACUUGCUUUCUCGUAACUUCUCCCCGCCAGCCGCGCACGCGCAAACUGUGACUAUCGUUCCUCCGCCCUCCCAGCGCCAACAUUCCGCGCAGCUUACCGCCUUAGAAGCGUUCCCCCGCUUCCGCGCGCCUCCAUGGCGGCCCUUUCCAGUCUCUUCGACAAUAACCCCUUCCGCCGCGCCCCCCUCCCCUCCGCGCCUUCCCCAGCCGUUGGCCCUGCAGCUGCGCCCGCCGGACAAACCCCCGCACCCCCCGCGCGCAAAGGGCCUUCCCCCUCCGCAAAGCUGGGCGCGGCGCUUGCAGAGGCGGCUGCGCUCCGGAAGUCCGCGGGGAAAGGGGAGGGUAAAGCGGAGGCAAGUGAGAAAGGCGGAAAGAAGACGAAAAAGCGCAAAGGGGAAGAGGCGGAUGAGGGCGCGGGAGUGAGUAUAGGGGGCGGAAGGGAAGGGGAAGCGGGAGGGGCGCCGGUUCGGGGAAAGGGCGGAGAGGGAGCGGAUGUCACGGUGGCGAAAGGAGCACAGGCGGAAGGCGGGGGGAAGAUAAAGCGGAGAAGGGGGGAAGGGGAGGGUGAGAAGCGAAAGAAAGGACAGAAAGGCGCUAUUGAACGUCGGAGUGAGGGGCCUGGGGAGGAGACGAGGGGUUUGGAGCGAGAAGGUGUUGCACCAAACGAUGGCAAGAAGGGAGAUAAGAAAAGGGCGAAGAAAAAGGAGAAGAAGGAGAAGCAGGUGGAGGGAGGAGAGGGCUCCCAAAAGGUUAAGGGGUCAGGGUUUAAGGCAGAUUCUGAGAGCCGCAGAGAGGAGGGGAAGGAGAUCGACGGUGUGGAUGAGGAAGAUGAUGAGGAGGUAGAGGAGGAGGGGGAUGUGGAAGGGGGUGUGGAGGAAGAGGAGGAGGAGCAAGAGAACGAAGACGGGGAGGAGGACGCAGACGACAGCAGUGGCAGCACUUCGAGUGAGGGAGAGGAGGAGGAGGAGGAUGAGGAGGACGAGUUAGAAGGGGAUUUAGUGGGGUGGGGCGAGGAGGACGGAGGAGAGUCGGAGGAGGACGAGGAGGUCGAAGAGGAAGAGGAAGAGGUAGGGGGGAACGGGCGAACGGAGGCAGAAGGAGCAGAGGGAGCAGCGGGAGCAGCGGGUGAGAGCAAGGGCAAGGAGACGGGCGAAGCCAAUACGAGCAGCGGAGCCGCAGCAGCAGCGGCGACGGCGGAUAGGGCGUUGACGGGGGCGGAGAGGCGCGCGGAGAAGCGCGCGGAGAAGCAGCGCGCGCGCGAGGAGCGCGAGGAGAAGCUGCGGCGCACGGUGUUCGUGGGGAACCUGCCCGUGGGCGUGGGGCGGAAGGCCCUCGCGCGCCUCUUCACCACUAUCGGCCCUGUGGAGUCCGUGCGCCUGCGCUCCAUGCCGCUCGCCGACGACACCAAGAAGAUGCCGCGUCGCUCUGCCGUGCUGAAGAACAAGAUUUCCGCCACCCUCAAGAGCUGCAAUGCCUAUGUGGUGUUCAAGACCCCAGACUCUGUCACACCUUCGCUCGCACUCAACAUGACCUUGUUUGAGGGGCGUCACAUUCGCGUGGACCGUGCUGCGCCUCCCGCACCCCCCAAGUCAGCCACUGGAGCAGCAGCAGCAGCAGCGGCGGCAGCGGCAGUGGGUGGGGCGCAUGCGGCGGGUGACAUGCAAGCAGCAGUGAAGUACGACCCGUGGCGGUCGCUGUUCCUGGGGAACCUGCCACACGAUGUCGAUGAGGAGGAGGUACUAUCUCUCUUCGCAUUACCCUCAGCGUCAGCAUCGGCAGCAGUGGAGGUGGAGGGGGUGCGUGUGGUGAGGGACCGGCACACCAACCAGGGCAAGGGCAUCGCCUUUGUACUAUUUAAGACUCGGGAGGCGGCGAGAGCAGCGCUGUCGCAGCGGCGCAAGGGGGCAGAGGUGCGGGGCCGGGCAGUGCGAGUCAUGCCUCUGUCUCUCAAAGCGCAGGAGCAGACCCGUGCCAAGGCGCAGAUACAGGCCGAGAAACGGGGCAGGAAGGCAGGGAGAGGAAGUAGAUGAAAAUUUGGAUGGUUGAGUGAGUAGGGUAUGCGUGCGUGCCUGCGCUUGUUGCAUAGCCUCUCACAUAGGCAUUUGAAGUUAUGGUAAACGGUAGUAUAUGUCAGCAGAUAUAGACCGUAGGCUUUUCGAUGUACAAUGUCA